CAUUGAUAAUUUUUAUUUGUUCGGAAGAGAAAAAGAAUCAUUGAAGCAUUAGCAGAGUCCCAACAAUCGAUAGUACUCGUACGUAAGGUACGCACUAAACGGUAAUAACCGUACCCAGAUAGGAGGGAGGAUGAUCCGAACGCAUAGUUUGACAUCGGCAUCAGGGCUGCAUAUACCGGUACUUCUCCACGCCUUUCAAACUCUCAUUUACAGAGUAAAUUAGCGCUCGUACUAUUUUAUUCCCUGUACGGUAGGAAUACAAGGAACCACGAGUACACCACAGCAUACCGUAAGUCGAUCGCUAAAGAAGGGACGGCUCUACCUAUUUCGUUUUUCAUUUUCGUGAAAAACCACAUGUGUCCACCCCAUUGACAGAAUAGAAACAGGAUCGUUCUCAUCUACUGAAUCUACUGAAGAUCUUGGGAUCUCACCAAGCACUGAAGUAGCACUUUCUCCGCAGAACGGCAUUCUGAGGGAAAGGAGCAUCAGGCAUCACGUAACAACACACUGCCUCAUUGAUAUUUCUCGAUAUUUUUUCGGCUGCUUUGGUGUUGGCAAGAAAUGAAACGAUCCCAGACAAAACGAGGCGAAACCCAAAACAUGUCUUCAAACUACAGUAACAACAUCACUUCCAGUUCAAGAAACAGUUCAGUAGGAACGACUGCUCUUGCAAUCCUUGUUAAUAUUUGGGUGAUUUUCGUCCUUGCAAUAGCCAUGACAAGCGGUACAACAAGAGUAUCUGCUGCGCUACUGCAUACCACUAGCAACCUCCUUCAUCAGAACUAUGGUGAGGCCUCACAACAGCGGGACAGGGGCGGUAGCAAGGUUCAAAACGCCAACACUACAUCUUUGUUGUCGCCGUUUUUUGUCAAUACCUACAAUCCGUGGUCGUCCGAACAAAAAGGAAUUAGCGAUGCAAAUCCACCACAAGACGCAAACCACCACCACCACAGCAUCGACGACGACAACGAUCUAUCGCUCUCCGUUCCCUGGGGAGAAAUUAACAUUGUGGUGGUAACGGACGUCCAUUCGUGGAUCGCUGGAAACCACAGGGACGAUCCUCGCAACUGGCCACUCGACGAGCACCGCAAUCGGGUUCAGGACGCAGACUAUGGGGAUAUAUUGAGUUUUUACCAGCGUCUCGGGGAUUUGGUUAAAGACCACAACAGUAACAACUACGGCAAACAGCGAGACUUGUUUUUUGUCAUGAACGGAGAUUUUGUCGACGGAACGGGGCUUUCUGAGAAUCCUCCGCGGCACCUGAUGCCGCUCCUGAAGCACAUGCCGUGGGAUGCCAUUAAUGUCGGAAACCACGAAUUGUACAGCGACAAAACGGUGCAGUUUUUGGUGCAAAGGGAUGGAUACGACUCCAAGAUGGGAGGGAACCGCUCCACCAUCUAUCCCGUUGCAACUCCCCCGAUUUGGAAUGGUCGGUACCUUUCUUCCAACACAUUGCUCACAGAAACGAUGGAACCAAUGACGGGGAAACGGUACACCUAUCUGGUGGGACCCAAUACCAACAUCACCCUUCUGGCCUUUGGCUUUCUCUAUGAUUUUCAUGAAAACGGUCCAGCCACGACUACCCUGUCGGUCGAGAAAGUCAUUCAGCAAGACUGGUUUGCCGAUGUCCUGUCGGGGGGGAGAAAUAGCAGCACCGGCAACGACUACGGCCAUGAGGCCUGGAAGCCGUUCGACGCGGUGCUGGUCCUGGCCCACAUGGACUGCCUCGAUCCCCUUGUGGCCACGAUUUUGGAGGGGAUCCGGGCCUUGCUGCCACCCGAUAAAAAGAACAUCCCCGUGCAAUUUGUUACCGGACACACCCACCGGAGAUGCCAUGCCAGGCUCGAUGACCACUCGGAAUCCUUUGAGGCCGGUCGGUUUCUAGACACCAUUGGUUUUGUAUCUUUUGACGCAAACACAAGGACAACACAGGCAACCAACGGAAGCAACAAUAAUCGUCAAUCUGAUUCUAAUUUCAGGCAUCGGUUUCUGGACGCCAACAAGCAGUCCCUCUUGCAAACCCUCAUGCGCUCUUCGCAUCUAUCGCAUGGCGGCAACCAAAGAGGCCUGUCCUUCUCGGAAGGAUUUGGAACACCCGAGGGACGAGCCCUGACCCGGGCCAUCCGAGACACCCAGAAAGACCUUGGACUUGACGUCGUGCUCGGGUGUUCCCCAAGAACCUAUGGCAUCUUUGACUACGAAACCGAACCCAUCACACGCGCACCGUCUUCCUCCGAUGCCAAUCCUCCCAGGAAUGAUUGGUUCUCCGAGUCUUCGUUGUGGGGGCUCUAUGUGGCGAACGUGCUCCCUAGACAGUUGCUUCGGCCCAUGCUGGCAUUGAGCCGACAGGCAAGGGACGACUCAUCGGGGGAGGAAGCUGCAGAAGCCCACCCGUUAUUCCUUGCUGGAACGGGAUCACUCCGGUACACCCUCUUUGAGGGUCCCGUCACGGUCAAUGACGUUAUAGCGAUUAGUCCCUUCAACAACUCGAUCGUGGAGAUCGUUGCAAAGCGCAAAGGCACCACCGAUAGCCCAGGUGAACUCCUCCCAUGGUACGGGCGCGAACUCUCGUUGUUACUAAGAGUCACCAACCGAUUGUACGCGACUUCGGCCGAAUACGGAAUGCCGGCAUUCGUGGCAUCGAUUCUCCCGCAGCAGGACUUUGUACGAGAGAACGAAGGGUUCUCCUUGCCCGCAGCUUCCGCCAUCGAUCCCGAUCGAAUCUACCGUCUCUAUACGACGGACUACGAUUCCUGGAGGCUCAUUUCCGUCCUGGCGAUACUGAAAUUUGGAGAGGGCACCGAAGAUGGAUCUGUGGACAACAACACGUCGUUUUCUAACGAUGCCGUCGACAAAAUGUUGGCAUCGGAACCCCUGCCGCCGAUCACCCUCGGGCGAUCCUACGAGACGCAGAAGGCCUGCCUUGCCCUCGGCAAAAACGACGGCGAGAACGAGAAUCACCACAACAUCGACCGUUGCUACUACACGGCGGAGCUGUGGAAGGAAUUCGUCCGCGACGCAAUGCCCUGCGACGCUGUGGCAACCAGCAGCAGUGGCCACAACAUCCGCGAUCCUCCCUUGGUGUCCUCAAACGGCGGCGGCAGCAGCAGUAGCGAGGAUGGUCACCGCAUCGAUCUCCUGCGCGCACAACUCCUGCAGCCGUCCUUUGGGUACUCCCUUCACGCGCAGCGUCCCCGGCAGGAGGCCGCCCCCCAUACCGGGGACCCGCCGCCGCAAGAGGCGUCGGUGGUCGACCUAGCCGGCGACGAGAAGGCAGCCGCGGCCCUCGUCGGAAUGGCAUCGAUCGCCGCGAUCGCUCUGUUGUUCUUUUUCCCGCCACGGGGAGACAACGAACCGCCAACGCGAGGCGGGGCUCCGCCGAGGGCUCGGUUUCGGCAGGGUCGUUGCAACGAGGGCCGGGACCACUCCCGGAGGCGAGGUAAUCACCGGACACCGACGGCCCACGCCACCACAAACGGCAACAGCGAUAGCGACAGCGACAGCAACCGUAAUUCUGUGCCCGACGAGGAAGUGCAGCUCAUACCCCUCCGCCGCAUGGAUACUGGAAACCUAAGCGAACAUUCGACCCAGAGCAGCAACUACGGAAGCAGCUAUGGAUCGAUAUAACAACGAACCACUGGAAACAGAUAUUGUACUUAUCACAAUAAUACAACGACAUACUUAUCGUUCUACUCAUUUGAUUAUAAACCCCACGACGAAGAUUUGUUUCGAACUGAAAGACAACAAAGAACGCGAGCACUACUAAAAAACGACCAGCCUUCUCGUUGCUACGGAUACGGAUACACCAGGCCUCGAAUAGAGUCCAGCCGCAAUGGCCACAAAACCGGGACAUCUCGCUCUCUAUCAGCGAAAACUUUCAGAGUAGAACGGAACAAAGGCAAUGACCCAUGCCAAGAUCGGAACCACGCAAUGCGCUGGUAGGGAAAAAGAAGGUGACAAACAAGAAACAAACAUACCAUACCAUACAGCAUUGUUUCGCGGCGCUGCUUUCUGCCGCUGGUGCAACUGGCCAGGAACGAAUGAAUCCAAACGAGCAUUAUCCCAACGAUGCGCGCUUCAUGCCUACCGCACUGCGAUAUCGUCGCACGGUAGGAACAGUAGCACCGUAGUUCCCUUAUUUUGCCUUCAAGAAAUUUAGAGAACUGCCACUGUAGCGGUACUGCUUUGUAUUGCAAGAGCUCAUGCUCCCAACCUCUUUCUGUUGUGAAUCUCCAGUACCGUACUGUACCGCAAGGUAGCACGAGCCAUGCAGUUUCUAGUACCAGAAAAAGUCUUGGUUGCUACUCCUUGCCUCUGUCAAACAACGCAAAUUCCACACCUUUUGGUCCACUUCUUUUUCGCGGCAGGAACUGUGAAUGAAGUUCGGUUCCGUAUCGUACUUCAAUAAACAUGAAACUCGUAGUAUCAACCUACGGUAUCUCCCCGUAGCUACAGGGAUACGAUGCUGUAGCGCACGUUUCUUGCUCCAGAUCGGUUUUCGUUUUUCCUUCUGGCGUAGUGCUUCUGUUUACAUCGCUCGGUUCGGGUGACGAACGAACACUAGUUACGAACGGAAGUAUCGUACGAGCUGUACCAGUUUGCUAGAUACAGUAAGGGUCCAACACCUUACAGGAAAUGCCGUACGGUACGUACGUACCUCAGAGCAGUUCGUACAACACACCUUCGUGCUUUCCAACUGGAUGGCAGUCCAUUCACUCGUACCAUUCUGUACGUACGUUGUAAGCGCAUACACUCCAGACCAGUUUAGAAACCGCACGAGUCCCAUGUGACUGCAAUGUGACCCAACGUACCGUUCCUCUCGCACCUUACCAAUUCCUAUGCAUGCGGUAGCUAUUACGAAGAUUGUACUGCCCGGAAUGGAAUCGUCAUUUUCCAUCACUUCCAACGAAGAACAGCUAUUGCCGCGCGUCAUCUUUCAACGGCCAUUAGCGAAUGGACAGAGAACAAGAUUCGGGUGCGUCAUUUUUCUCCAGGUUCGCUUGAUCGAUCAAAACUGUUAAGUAGUCGAAACGUAAGUUCUUUUCGAGUGCGUCAUUCCUCGCUAGAUAGGGUUUUUAGAACGGAAUUUCCGUCCUUCUGCUACCGAUCCAUGGCAGUAUCCUCCAAUCGUCUCGCAGUGCACCCACUGGAGUUCCUCCGUCUGGAAGUAAGUGUGUCUUCAAGUUCGCUGAUGGCAACGGAGGAUACUGAUGGGUCUGGUCGGAGUAGGAAAGGAACAGGGUCGAAGAAACUGUAAGAAGAACCGUCCCCAUUAUUUAUCAUUUGAGGGACCAGACGUGAAUUACGAACUCUGUACAUCAGCUUACGAUGGCGUACGAGUCCGUUGGAUUUAUCCUAGGCUCGUAUGACUGCCGACGGAAGUUGACACCUUUCUUCCACACGAUACACCCAAAUUUUUGCGUUUGAGACCAGAAGAAACGAACCAAACCACCGGCGAACAAAAAUACGAAUACUUU